GGCUGGGCCGCUCUCAACGAUCACAAUCGAAACUUCUACCUCGCUAACUAACCCGCCCCCCCCCCCAUCACCACCACGCCGCUGCCGCCGCCGCCCCGUGGUGUACUCCUCGACCCCCGCCCAACGUCCACCACCACACUCCCUCGGCCGGCUUCGAAACUGUCCCUAUCGAACAAAGGAAGCAUGGAUUCGCAGUAAACUUGUUCGAGCCCAACAAGCCCAACGCGCCGCCGUUUUCACCGAUCCCGCCUUCCUCGACCGCCGGCCUCAUACUUGACCGCCGCCGCCGCCGCCGCCGCCGCCCCAGCGCAACAGGAAUACCUAUCUAUAUACAACCGACGACGUAUCGCGCCGCAGUGCAGUCUGCCCCCUACGACCGCCGCCACCACCAUGUCCGCCACCCUCCUCUCGUACCUGGUCAAGUUCCUCGUGGGCUAUUUCGCCCUGACCGUCUUCUUCUACGCCCUCUCCUGGGCCGCCGUGCCCCGCGCCGGCUUCGUCGCCCGCGUCCUCGCCGCCUACAUCUCCCUCGUCGCCUGCGCCCUCUUCGGCGCCGCCGCCUCGGCCGUCCUCACCCUCGCCGGCCACCAGCAAAUCUCGCAAUGGGUCACCGCCCGCGCCUUCCACUACCUCAUGCGUCUCACCACGGGCGUCGUCUUCACCGUUGACGACCCCGCCGACGUCCUCGGCACCACCCGCCCCGCCGUCUUCAUCGGCAACCACCAGACGGAACUCGACGUCCUCAUGCUCGGCGCCAUGUUCCCCAAGUACUGCAGCGUCACCGCAAAGUCGGACCUCAAGCACGUCCCCUUCCUCGGCUGGUUCAUGCGCCUCUCGGGCAGCAUCUUCAUCGACCGCAAGAACUCGCGCGACGCCCGCGACGCCAUGCAGGGCGCUGCCCAGGAGAUCCGCGCCAAGCGCCAGAGCGUCUACAUGUUCCCCGAGGGCACCCGCAGCUACACAAAGGAGCCCGCCCUGCUGCCCUUCAAGAAGGGCGCCUUCCACCUCGCCGUCCAGGCCGGCGUCCCCAUCGUCCCCUGCGUCGUCGCAAACUACAGCCACGUCCUCUACCUCAAGAGCCUCGUCUUUAACGCUGGUGCCAUCCCCGUCAAAGUCCUCGACCCCAUCCCCACCAAGGACCUCACCUCGGCCGACGUCGACGAGCUCACCCGCUCCACCCGCGAGCUGAUGCUCAAGGAACUCAUCGCCCUCUCCGCCAAGGCCAAGGGCCAGCCCGUUCCUGCCCUCACCGCAAACGACUCGGCCCCCUCCAAGGCCGCCAGUUCCAGCGUUGACGCCAAGGCAUGAACCAGCACCUUCUGCCCCGCGGUGAGCCAAGCAUCCCGGGAACCAGAUGAGAGUCACGAUGGCAAACACGCAUCGAUUCGAACCACACAAAGAAAGAGAUGAAAAUCUCAUCUUUCGGGGAGCGACCACGUGUUCCUGCCCUCCCCCCAGCCCUCUUGGGGGCCCGAGAGUGUCACAGCAUAGAGAAGCACACCUGAACGGCGUUCGUUAGAAGAGGAGGAAGAGGAGGAGGAGUCAAUAGAGGAGGGCGACCCUAUCGGAGACGAUAGACAAGGGUCGUGUUAAGACCGACCCCCCUCAAACCCUCCCGGACGUGAUCAGCGCGAUUGAUACCCCAAUAGAUGGACGGGGCGCUGGUUUUAGAGGCGCAGUGUCCUCGUUUGCGAAUUGUCUGCUGCCCGUAUAGUGCUUUUCGUCGCAUUGCCUGCCUGUAUGCCUGCCUGCUUGCGCCUUACUCUUUGCAUUUGCCAUUCGAUAGCGACAAAUCUAUACACACAGCCACG